AUGGCAUCUCAGCUUCCCUCUCCACCGGUCUCGCGCCCAAGCUCCCCGAGCAACACCUCUCGCAGUCAACCAGACCCUGUCGAAGCGGAGACAACAGACUGCGAGGCGCAAGCUGAUCUACAACAGCAAUCCAAAAACCAAAAAUCUCCUGAAGAACUCCUCUCAGAAAGGCUAGACGCGCUUCUAAUUUCUUAUUUGACGAUCUUGGAGACCUACACCAAUCUUCGCACCCAGCUCUCCAAGGACUUCUCACAGGGAUUCUUUGCACUCGCGCAGGCGAAUCGCAAUGCAAAUUCCACCUUGGGCGUUGGGAGGAGGUAUGGCGAGGAAGGAUUCGACGAGCGUAUGAAGGCGGACAGGGUAGCAAAGAUCCAAGAGAAAGGAAACAGCACGCUACAUAAGAGCUGUUGGAAGGCGGACGACUCCGAGGAAGAGGAAGAACAAACCCUUGAGGCAGGGAACAGCGACGGAACAAGGACGGGCAAGACUCCAGCUGGACAGACCGGAUCAUUGUCACGGAGCAAUGAAGAUAUGGAAACCCUCAAGGAUGAUUCGGAAGAGAAUGUCCACGAGCCAACAGCCAAACCCCUCUACCGUAUCUCAAUCACUUCGUCAGUGUCAGACAUAUCCAGAGACCCUCUCAAAUGGUACGGCAUCCUCAUCCCGCCCGCUUUACGCACAUGUCAAACCCAUUUCACCGCAGCGGUCGCCUCAACCAUCCCUGAAAUCUUGAACAUCACAUCUACAUUGCGAGAGCUGGAAGAGGAAAUAUGGGGCCUUCGGCGCCAAUUAGGGAUUGCGGACGAGUACGAAACUCCCACCGUCAAUGAGUCUGAAAGCAGAUAUGAUAUCAACAUUGAAACCAAGCUACUGGCGUCCAAGACCACAGGGGGCCAGGAGUCGGACAGUCUCCUGAUAACUCGUACAAUCUCGUCUCCAAAGUCCCAAACAACGCAGGCCAAGAAAUCAUCCUUGUUGUCCACCUCGCCUCCAACAGCAAGCCUGCGAUCUGAGCCACGAUCCAAGGUUUUGAAGCUUGGCUGA